AUCCUCCUUAUAUAUCAUCAAACAUCCCCUUUUUGGGACAUGCAGUUGCAUUUGGGAAAAGUCCAAUUGAAUUUUUGGAAAACGCCUAUGAAAAGUAUGGACCUGUGUUUAGCUUCACGAUGGUGGGGAAGACAUUUACUUAUCUGCUGGGCAGUGAUGCUGCUGCUCUUAUGUUCAAUAGCAAAAAUGAAGAUUUGAAUGCAGAGGAUGUGUAUUCACGGCUAACCACACCUGUCUUCGGCAAGGGAGUUGCAUAUGAUGUACCCAACCCAGUAUUUUUGGAACAAAAGAAGAUGCUAAAAAGUGGACUGAAUGUAGCACAAUUUAAAAACCAUGUACCAAUAAUAGAAGAAGAAACUAAGGAAUACUUUAAAACGUGGGGAGAGAAGGGAGAAAGAAACUUGUUUGAAGCACUUUCAGAACUAAUCAUUUUGACAGCAAGUCACUGUCUGCAUGGCAAAGAGAUAAGAAGUAUCCUCAAUGAGAAGGUAGCACAGUUGUAUGCUGAUCUGGAUGGGGGAUUUACGCAUGCUGCUUGGCUUUUGCCACAUUGGUUGCCUUUGCCAAGCUUCAGGCGAAGAGAUAGAGCCCACAAAAAAAUAAAGGCUAUCUUCUACAAAAUAAUUCAGAAACGACGACAGUCCUUGAACAGAGAGGAUGACAUGCUUCAGUGUCUACUGGACGUCACAUACAAGGAUGGGCGUCACCUGACAGAUGAUGAAAUUGCUGGACUGCUUAUUGGGUUGCUGUUGGCAGGGCAGCACACAUCUUCAACCACAAGUGCUUGGCUUGGCUUCUUUUUGUCUAGAGAUAGGUCACUCCAAGAACAGUGUUACCGGGAACAAAAAGAAGUGCGUGGAGAUGGUUUCCCUCCAUUACAUUAUGAUCAGCUCAAGGAUAUGAGUUUGCUGGAUGGUUGCUUGAAAGAAACACUUAGACUGAGGCCUCCUAUAAUGACUAUGAUGAGGAUGGCUAGAACUCCACAAACUGUUGCUGGGUAUACAAUUCCACCUGGGCAUCAAGUCUGUGUGUCUCCUUCUGUCAAUCACAGACUUAAGGACUGUUGGACAGAAAAUGUAAACUUCAAACCAGACCGUUAUCUCCAAGAUAGCCCUGUUGCAUCAGGAGAGAAAUUUGCGUACAUACCAUUUGGUGCUGGUCGUCAUCGUUGUAUUGGAGAAAAUUUUGCUUACGUUCAAAUUAAGACAAUUUGGUCAACUCUUCUGCAUUUGUAUGAAUUCGAUUUGGUGGAUGGGUAUUUUCCUACUAUAAACUAUGCAACUAUGAUCCACACACCUAAUAACCCUGUCAUUAGAUAUAAAAGGAGAUCACAUAACGCGACUUUCUCCAGCUAA